AGAGGAGGUCAAUUGCAGAUUUCCGAGACAGCUCCUUCAACCAAACCAAGGAGAAACUGUCUGUCUCGGUCAAAGCUAUGUCCGCUCUCUAUCUGUCGAAGGCCGUACCUCAGGAUUCAACACGCAGCCUUUCAAAACCGGCCCAAGGUCAGCCCUCUGAAUCUGGGAGAAGAAUCAAACUAACCAAGAUGGCCGAAGAAUCACAACAAAGGAAAGACGGCCUCCCUGCACCUCCUCCAGGCAGUCAUCAGCCAAGACCAGAAGGCAUCUCUGAGACACGUUCCCCACAGCCCAUGCCAUUCCAACUUUCCAAAGAAAAGCUCCACCAACAGCGGCAUAAAAGUGAGCUGAGAAGGCUCCUGAAGCACACUCACCCAGAGCUGAAGAUGUUAGAUGACGUUGUGGAUGAGGAGCUUGCUGAGGUUUUGAGCUCGGAGGCUUGGCUGACAGCUGGCGAAACCGGAUAUGAGGGAGAGGUCCUUUCAAGAUGCUUGAUAUUCGAGAACUGUGCCCUGAGUAACAAAAUAUCUCCUUCCACCCCCAUGAUGCACAAGGUGAUGGGAAAGGCAGAAAGAGACGAUGUCACGAGAACAUCUGUUGUGUUUGAGGAGCAUGAAGAGAAGCCAUGUGGUGAAAGUGAUGAAGGGAUCAUGGAGGAUGACAAAAGGCUUGGGUCUAGUCCAGAUCCUAAAAGAGAGUGUGAUGAGGAAGUGACAAGAAUAGAUAUUCAGGCUACCAAAAAGAUAUUUGAGAGUCAAACUGUGGACACAUCCACACUAAGUCCAGAUAAUAAGUUCCAGGGGAACGUUUCUAUUUCCGGGGAGGAGACAGGGGCAGUUCAAAAACGAAAAGAGGAGAUUGAAAUGUGUAGCAAAUAUAAUUCACACAGUAAAAACCAAAGCAAUGCAUGUCCCAAAAGUCUGGAUUUGACAAAUCAGCUCAAUAAACCGGGCCCUUGUGUUCAUAUCGUUGGUCAAGGCACUGACCAUGAGUUUUCAGUGAGGGAAGAUGUUACUCCUGGGGAAACAGUCUUGGAGGGUGAGCCUACGAGCAAUCUUGAUCAAGAAAAAAUCGAAACAAGUGCAGCGCUUUUCCAAAACAACCCAUUUAUUCCAUCAAACAUUGAAAGAGAGCAUUGCUUUAUGAAUACAUCACAAUUACAAAGCCCAGCAGGAGAGAGUGGGGAAGCUCAGGACUCUGUGAUCACUAACGUCAAGAACAGAACCCACUUGUUUGAAUCAAUGCCAUUUGACAAAAUUGGGCAUCAGAGCAAGGAUGACAUUGAGACGAUGGUGGAGAACAUCAAGGAAAUACUGAAUUCCCUUUAUCGUGGCAAUGCCAUACACUCAGAUGGAUCAAUCAUUGAGGUAAAUGAAACAAUGAUAGCCAAAAAAGCCAAAUUCACUCUGUCAGAGAGUGGGCCCCAGAUACAAUACGAUGAGGUGGCUGAAGGUGGUGCACAAAACUUCAUCCUCCAGUUGCUACCACGGGAAAACCUAAAGCCUCAGAUCACGUACCUUAGGGAGGGUAGUAAAGGAAGUAUGGAGGCCACAGUAGUUAAUGUACUCAUACACCAGCGUCACUUCCCUACCAACCAAGACACAGAGUUUAAAACUGCCAAUGUGGUUCAGGUUGUUGAGGAUAUUCUCAAUCAAGAUAACUCUCUGCGGAAAGGAGUAGUUAUCCAAGAGGAUGUGGACAGAUGUCCUGAAGUCAUUGUUUACUCCCUCUACAAUUACUAUGAUGAGCAAGAUGUGAGAAGUUAUUAUCCUCCACAAGUUGCAGAGUAUGAUGAACCAGAGCCAGAAAGAGGUGAUGUGAGUACCAUAGACAAUAAAGAACUAAGAAAGGGGGUCAUUAAAUCAACCAUAAGCUGCCUUCUAGAAACUCCUAAAGAACAAACUUGCCAUGAAUCCACACGGCCUGAAAUCACAGUCAAAGGGAAUGUUAAACUGUUCAGGAGUUGUAUUGAAAAGGGAGAUUUGGAGUAUUUGAAAACUCUUCAGGCUGAACCAACAGAACAAGAACAAGAACUCCCUACAAACCCAAAUGUGAUUGGACAAGGAAUAGAGCUUCAUCAUGAACCGAGCGGCGAUCAAGCAGAGGAGAAUUCAGAAUGGGUCCCAGUGGAUGUUAAGAGACUGAGGAACAUUUUCUCUGGAGAUCAAAGACCAACCCAACCAAAGCAAAAUGUAUGUGAAAACUGUGCCCAACUUGCCACUAUUCAUUGUGCAUUCACAGGUCAAAAUAUGCCACUUGGAAAUAGCCAGUCCUCUCUUACAGAAUGCAUUCAUGGCCAAGUAAAGAAUAGCUGUGGUGGCAAAACACCGGAAGAAGCACCACAGGGACCAUAUCUGCAUCGUAAGACACAGGACAAUGGCAGGGUGCACCAAGCUGAAUUAGUUGAGGUGGUACAUGACAAUGACGAGAUAUAUAACCUCCACACUGCAAUACAUUGCCUCCAACAGGCCACAAUUGAGGCCACAUCUUUGAAACACCCACAAGAAAAACAUGAAUUCCUUAUUCAAGAGCCUGUUGUCUCGGUUACAACAGAUGUCAAACAAACAGAAGCGGAACUAUUUAAAAAUAAUUACGACCAAAGAAAGGACCCGUUCACUGAGCCAACGUGGGAUGAACUCCCAUCAACCUUCAACAUCACCUCAGAACAUAAAUCAGACCACCAACAUGAGAAUACAGAGACAAGCUGUAGAGGCACUCAUUCUGAAGCAGUAAAAACUACUGAGACGUGCAGCAAAAUGGGUCAAAAAGGCUCAGAUGUGGUCCAGGAACUCCCCUUUCAAGUUACGGUGGUAUGUCGUCCAGAAACCACCGCUGCAGAGCAAAAGAAUGAGGAAGUUGUUUUUCAGGGUAAACUUCAAGCAGCGUUGGAUUCCCUAGAGAAAUCCAACAUCAACGUCAGUAAAGGAGACUUCAGAGCAGCUAUGAUUUACAGAAAUGGGUCCAAACCUCACAAAGAAAGAUCUAAAAAUGUGGACGCAGUGUCUGCUCAAAAGCCCACGAAGGAGGAGUUUUGUCCUGUGAUUAAACCUAAAGCAACUCAAGCGCCACUGAGACAAGAAGUCUCCAAAGAACGCGUGGCUGUAGAGCCCCCAAGUCAAAGUGAAAACCAAAAUAAACCGGUUACAAGUGCUGUCUCAGUGAAAAGCACAAGACCUAUUGGUCCAAAGCCUGUCAUCCCACCUAAGCCAGAGCAUUUGAAAGUCAAACAAAUAGAGAGUCAACCAACCAACACAAAGAAUCCAGAGACAACCCAAAGUACCUCGAUAAGACCUGAAGACACCGUUCCUCAAGCAUUACCAAUGACAUCAAUGUCACGCAAGGAUGAACAGAAGCAAGGCCAGUUUAAAAUGAACACUGGUGUGGACUCAGGGCCUGACUUAGUGGAUCAUCAAAGGAAUACGCUUUUUGAUGAAGCUAUACAUAAAUCGAAAUCAAUUGAAGUCCAUGGUUCAGUCGUUGUCUUAGAAAGUGAUAAUGAUAAUAAUAACAUUAAGUUACAAGAAGAUUUAAAUGCCAAAGCAGAAAAGAAAAGCACCCAGGACCUCCCCAACAAAGACAAUAUGAUGGACACAGAUGAAAGCCAUGUCGAUUUUCAAGAAGCAUGUCAGAAAUUUGGAGGUAAAAAGGCAUUUUCAUCAAAGAAUGCUCCCGUAAAGCCAAAAAGAGUUAAAAUUGCUCAGCUUGACAAGAAAACAAACAAACAUGUGGUUGAGGAACCUCAACAAACUCUAACGGGUCCAUCAGGCAAUCACCCAAACACCUGUGGACGAACUCCUGACAGCAAAGACACGCCCAAGAAAGAAAUGAAACAAGAAAGCAAAGUUGAAAUGAGGGAAAAGAAAGGACGAACAGAGACAGAGGACCAACGCCGACAGCGGCUGUCAGUUCACAUGGAUGAAAUCAUGAGAGGGAACAUCACGGCAGCCAUGGAAAUUGUGGACAACUUGCGAAAGAAGGAGGAACUGCACAGCAUUCUCAGUCGAGUUGAAGAAAUUGAACAGGACACAAGUGAAGUCGAUGUCAGGUAUCUGAAGGGAGUCUUCGAGAACGUCCCUGACUGGGUUGUCAGCUCAGACAAAAUCAAACAAAAGAAGGCAAAAGUAGAAAACAAGGAAGAGAGGUUGCCACUCGAGAAAGACGGCACUGAAAGCAAGUCUUCAAUGGCACAUGUUUUUGGAGAUCUUGAGCGAGCCAGUGAGGAAAUCAUGAAUCUAAAAGAACAGACUUUAGCCAGACUUGUAGACAUAGAGGAAGCAAUAAAGAAGGCUCUUUAUUCCGUCUCUACCCUGAAAUCGGACUCAGAUAUUGCUGGUUUAUCAUGCCUGUUCAAAGAGUCCCUAGAGACCGAGCAAGGCACUGCACCCUCUUGUAGCAUUAGCAAAAUUAGCAUUGGGUCAAGCCGAACUAAAUCAUUGCAGACCAAGGGAAGCCUCAAAGCUCAGGGAGGUGUUGCUCCGCCUGCUAGCCAGAGUGCAAGACUUGAAGUAGCACCUGUAAAACAACAAGCAAGUCCUCCAUCUUCUCCCGCCUUCAUCUCCAUCCAGUCGGCCGCGAGAAAGACCGACAAAUCCGAGUUGCUUCCUCCGGAGAACACAAUCUGCCCGACAUGUCAGAACAGCCCAAAAACAGACGAGAAAUUCCGGACCACUAAAACCCUGACGUGCAACAGUCCCGCUCAAAACAGGAAAAGGGAGCCACGAAAAGGAGGUCAAAAACAAUCCUCCUGCAACCCGAAAAGAGAGCUCAGUGUGCUGGAGGUGCAGACUGACCGUGAGGGGAACAGUAUUAUGGGCAUCAAAACAGUCACGGAGAACUACGGGAAGACCGACAGCUCGGAAAAACGGUUUUAUUCUUCCAAAACCUCCACGGUUGUUACUGGUCAGUCGGACGCGACCUUACCCAAGAUCAAACUCCCAGAAGUUCAUCUGCCCAUCGAUCAGAACCCAUAUACAUUUCAACCGGCGUGUCGAGAGAUGUGUUCCGCCUGUUCCAAGACGGUUUAUUCGAUGGAAAAAAUUACUGCAGACAAAUACAUUUUUCAUCAGACUUGCUUUUGUUGUAAACAGUGCAAGAAAAAAUUAAGCAUGUACAAUUACGCACCUCUAAAUGGAGAACUCUACUGCAUAUUUCACUACCAACAACUGUUCAGAAGAAAAGGGAAUUACGACGAGGGCUUUGGACGUGCUCAACACAAGAACCGCUGGCUUCUCAGGAACACUGCUGGCGUGGUGUGCAAUGAGAGCGAGUCCGAGGCAUAAAUACUGAGGAACAAUCUGAUCGCUGGUGACUGACAACCGAUGUAAAGAUGUAUGUGAGGCGCCAUGCAAUGGCCAACAGUGUGUUCAUACACUGGUAAUGAAUGAGGGCGUUGAAACAUGAACCCACAACCUGAUUGCAACAAUGACUUAAUCAUGCCGUCAGUUGUAUCGAAUAGACUUGAUUUGUUUCUUUUUGUUCAGUUAUUACAACAAAUGUUUUGUAUAAUUAUUUCUUUUGGACACAAAGUGGUUUGUAAAUUAGAUGUUAACUGGGCUCCAGUAAAUAAUCAAAAACCAACAUAAUUGAGUUGGUUCCACAUCGGUGGUAUUUGUCAGUGUGUGUCCUUCCUCAAUGCUCAUCAACUUUAUUCCAUCAGUUACAUUUCUACCCGUCACGUGGAUACUGUGGUCUACAAUAUAAACUGACACGGUGGACCGGACACAUUCUGGCUUAUUCAAAUUUAUCAUGUGAAUUUCUCAGAACUGUACAAAUAAAUACAAUCAUUGUGGGUGUAAAUCAAUUUAUUACAACGGUCCAGUUAUAAAAUAUGAUGAAACAAUA